UUGGCGCGCUAAGCGGGCGACCGUGCAAGGCGGCCCCGCGCGCCCCGCUGGCCGGUUGUUGCGGGGAGGUCUCCCGCCUGGCGCGGGGGUCCGCGCGGGUAGCCGUGGCGGCCGCCGGAGACCGCAAGGGGCGGCGCAGAGGCGGAACGGGCCGGCCGCGAGCCGCGCAGGAAGCGCCAAGCAUGCCCCGCGACAACAUGGCCUCCCUGAUCCAGCGCAUCGCUCGCCAGGCGUGUCUCACCUUCCGCGGCAGCUCGACGGGCUCCGAAGGGCCGGCGCCGGGCUUCCCGGAGAACCUGAGCCUGCUCAAGAGCCUGCUGACCCAGGUGCGCGCCGAGGACCUCAACAUCGCGCCGCGCAAGGCGCUGCCGCAGCCGCUGCCCCGCAACCUCCCGCCGGUCACCUACAUGCACAUCUACGAGACGGAGGGCUUCAGCCUGGGCGUGUUCCUGCUCAAGAGCGGCACGUGCAUCCCGCUGCACGACCACCCGGGCAUGCACGGUAUGCUCAAGGUGCUGUACGGCACGGUCCGCAUCAGCUGCAUGGACAAGCUGGACACGGGGGCCGGGCAUCGGCGGCCGCCGCCAGAGCAGCAGUUCGAGCCCCCGCUGCAGCCCUUGGAGCGGGAGGCCGUGCGACCGGGCGUGCUGCGUUCCCGGGCCGAGUACACCGAGGCCAGUGGGCCCUGCGUGCUCACUCCACACCGGGACAACCUGCACCAGAUUGAUGCCGUGGACGGGCCAGCUGCCUUCCUGGACAUCCUGGCCCCACCCUACGACCCGGAGGACGGCCGGGACUGCCACUAUUACCGUGUAGUGGAGCCCAUCAGACCCAAGGAGGCUUCCGGCUCUGCCUGCGACCUUCCCCGAGAAGUGUGGCUCCUGGAGACACCACAGGCCGACGACUUCUGGUGCGAGGGAGAGCCCUAUCCAGGCCCCAAGGUCCUACCUUGAAGCUCCUGCCGCCCGGGGAACUGUGGGCCAAAGAUGUACCCUGCCCUGCUCAAGAAAGGCCUGGCUGCCCUCUAUCUUCCAUAAGGGCUCUUCUCUCCGCCCCCUCGCCUGGACGAUGGAUUUACUGGAGUGACCAGCGCCACAUCUUGAGGAACCUUGGGGAACACGGCCCACUGGAGUACAGCCACCACCGGGCACGGUUAUGGGGGCGGGUGGGCGGAAGGCUAGGUUGAUUCCUGGUAUCCUCAGUGCCACCAAGGCUUUGAUUUAAGGGAACCGGGCAGGGACCCUAAAGCGCUUCCAUCCUAAAGCCAUAAUGAAACCAUUUUUGUUUCUCAUUCUCUACAAAAUACACUAAGUAGUUUUGAAUCCCUCUUCCCUUCGGUGACUCAGAUUUGUUUUCUCUCCUGCCCACGAUUGCUCCUUAAUAGUUUAAUUUAUUACUGAUUGUGCAUGACCUUGAAUUGUUCUUGUUUUCUUUUUUUUUUUUUUUUUUUUUUUUUUAGUUAUUCGUUUGGUUAAAACACACACACAAACUACUCAGCAUCUAAAGUGAGGAGUUCUGAAAAGACAUCUUUCUAGCACUGGGGUUCACCCUCAUAACUGUGCGUGUUGAGGACGAUGUCUUUCCUCCCCUGGCUUGGUAGCCACUUCUGGUGUACUCAGGUAACCUUUAGUAAGAAGGUCACAUACGCGAAUUCUCUUGUCAGGCCCUUAAAGCUCGUCUUUCCCUUGGGUCUCAAGAUCUGUCGUUUAAACAAAUUUUUUUGUUGCUAUUGGGGAUUUGCCUUUAAAGCAAAGACGAUUAUUAUCCUCAGCUGACUUUUUCCUUGACGUGCUUCAAAGAUGAUACAAUAAUUAUGUGUUUUCUAACCAGACGAUUCCGAGGAGCGGAAUCUGCUAUGCUUCCAAAUAACUGAAUGUAAAGGCCCUGGCCACCUGUUGAAUUCCAUACUCGUAUUUACUUCCAGCUUCUUCCUAGGAAAGAAGAGAAAGAUACUCUUGACUGUUUGUUGUUGUUGUUGUUGUUGUUGUUGUUGGUUUUGUUCUGUUUUGGUUUUUUGUUUUUGUUUUUUUGCGUUCUCUGUGGAGGGAGCCUGCAGAGGAGCUGUGUGGUUCCAGCUGUGCUGCCGGGAGAUAGCCUCCCAGCACUCCCUUAAACAAGAGCCAGUGCUGCCUACUACUGCCUUCUCUUGCAGGAAGAGGUAGAGAGCAUGUAGUACCCUGGGAGGGGCUCUGGAAGUAGGCUGCUGGCUAAGCAGGCAAGAAGCCCUGGGCUCAAUCCUCAGUACCACAUAAACCAAGUGUAGCACACAGCAUUUAGGAAAUAUAGGCAGGAGGAUCAGAAGUCAAGGUCAGACUUGGCUACAUAGUGAAUUUGAGCGGAACCGUGGAUGCAUAAGACACCAUCAUAUAAAUGUGUGUGUAUACAUAACAUAUGAAUAUGUAUAUAUACACAUAUACAUAUGUAUGUACACACACACAUAUGAAAUGGAUACAUGGAAUAGAUGCUUGAGAAUUUAGCCAUUUAGGGCACCAAGAUUGGAGACUAAACCCUAUGCCAACACUGCAGCAAACCCUAGCGCUGCUGCAGUAUUAUGGCUGGCGGAGGCUCAGCCCCUUUACCAUGUUUACAGACGUGUCUAUCGAUUCUGACCAUGGACCACCAGUUUCCCCUGUUUACUAUGUGUAGGGUUCCUUUUUAUCACAGGCCUUUUCAUAAAGACAAACUGUAGAAAUCAGAUGUGCCCAGCUGUCUUCUAAGCUCUCUUGAUGGCUCAUGUGGCAAUAGAAUAUACUAAUAUCGGCAAUAAAUGGAGACUUACUGUCAUGAGUGACAAAUGUUUGUUGACCUGGCAGGGAAACAAACUGCUUUUGGCUCCAUGUAUCCAGGAUACACAUCCAGGCUGAAGGGGUGUCCUUCCCGGUGCAGUCAUUAAAGUGGUACGAGACAGCAAAUUAUUGCUGGCUUGGCUUGUGGCUUUUUGUUUGUUUGUUUGUUUGUUUCAUUUUAAUAAAAAUGAGAACAACAGGCCAGUGGAAACCUGCUUUAAACCUGACAAACCAUGAGCAACACCCAAACACUUCCACCAUGGCUGCUAGAGUUCAAGUUCUUUCUGAUCAUGGUCUUUAAAAUGCCUUUGGAGCCUCUCGAAGCAGCUCUUUGAGCCACUCGUAUGAACAUCUAGAUAGGAAGUGAUGGUUUUAAAUUUGACUAUUUUCAUAGAAUAUUAAUAAUGAAUAUGGUUUUUCAGCCACAUACAGAUUUUGAAUUGCAGCAAAGGUUGAUUCCUUUACAAGGAUUGUUGAGAGUCAUGUGUACUUUACAGCAUACUCUGGAGGUCCUUUCAUGGAGCCUGUAGAAGUCUAGCCUGGAAUUGGGCUAGUAAUAACAAUUAUUAUGAAGGCCUUCAUUGCAAAAGAAGGAGGAGAAAUAUUAAAGGUUUGUUAUAAGCAGUUUGGAAGGAAAAAAACCCUAAGGUGCUUUUCAAAAGAGUAACGAAAUUGUUCUGAGCUAAAACAGCAAUACUGUGUUCCUCAUUAGUUCAAUAGGAACAGUGAAACUGUCAUUUCACUAAUAAACUGAGUAAACUUACGGUGAAAACAGUGUAAUAUGUUUUAAUGAGCCACUUGAGAAAGAAUAUGCUCGUUACUAAGAUAAAAUGUGCAGAAAAAUCCUUGCACGUCUAUGCAUAAACUAUUAGCUAUAACUUCUGCCGUUGUGUUUCCCUGUAGGUCUACAAUAUAGAUUGUGGUCUAGAAAUUAGGAUAAAAGUUACCUUCUCCUUUUCUUAGAAAAGACCAAUGAGCACAAUGGUGUUAAGUCACUUAACUGUUCUGAUGAAUAAUAAAUGCAAUAACUAGAUCCUGAGUGAGACGCUGUCUGUCUGUCUGUCUAAAUACACUGAACCUUUUCAACCUUGUAGUUCUAUCAGUGACCAGUUAUAUCGAUGUAAGAUUUUCAUACCUUCCUACUCCUUUGAGAAUUGAUGGGUUUACUACCACAUGCUGCUGAUUACAUUAAAAAACAACAACAACAAAAAAAAAACCCUGCCUUUUAGGUAAUGUGUUUUCUAUGUUAAUAGGAGUGAGUUCUCUUGAGUUUUUAACAUGACUGUCAAAAUGUACACCUUUCCUUCCCCACUCGAUCCUUGCAUUGUCUUGUAGGUUCCUUGAACUUGACAUCUGGGGAGAACCUACCUGCUCUGAUGGCAAAUGAGUCAACUGCUUUAGCUCUCCUGUCCUGCCCAGCAGAGAGACAGUUACCCCCACUUCGUCACUCUGCCACUCUCCUGACAGCGUUUGCUCCUCUACCGCAGGCCUGAAUUCAGAGUGUAGGGUUAUACAGAACCCAGAUUGGUCCAUUGUGCUGAGGUUUCUGCUGUCAAAGGAGAUCAUUUCUUAACAAUACCCAGUCUUACAGUGCAGGGGUGUUUACGUUUCUGAGUAAGAUGUGUGUACUUAUGGGAAAUAAAAGCAUGUUUAAAAUUA